UACAAUAAUAAAAAUUAGUUGUUUUACCGAAUUAGACUAAAGUAGCAAUAAUAGAGAGAAAAACACAUAAAAUUUUAUUGCCGAUUUUUAUAUUUAUCGGUUCUGUCUGUUUUGUUCUCACUUCGUUCUUUUCAACGUGAUAUAAAUACAGGUAUUUUGUAUCAAAAACGUUGAAAUCAAACAAUUAUUUAAAAUAUUUAUAAAAUGUCUAUUAUUGAAAUAAAUGGUAGCGUUUUAGAGGGUGGCGGACAGAUACUUCGCAAUGCACUCAGUUUAAGUUGUAUAUUACGUCGCCCUGUGCAUAUUACGAAUAUACGCGCAAAUCGACCUAAACCAGGUCUUUCCAAUCAGCAUCUCCACGGGCUUAAUUUAUUAGCAGCAAUUACUAAAGCUAAUGUGAUUGGUAAUUUUCUUGGAUCGACUGAUGUAAAAUUUUAUCCUGGUGAUAUACAAUCUGGUCAGUACCAAGUGGACACUCAAACAGCUGCUAGUAUAUCUUUAAUAUUGCAGGCGGUAGUGCCCGUUUUAAUAUUUGGAAGCAGUACUACGCAAUUGACAAUUAAAGGUGGUACGAACGUUGCUAUGGCGCCUCAGGUAGAUUUCAUAACUGAAAUAUUACGCCCUAAUAUGGAAUAUUUUGGUAUAAGUUACGAUUUCGAUUUAAUAAAACGCGGUUAUUAUCCUCGUGGUGGAGGUUGGUGCAAUGUAACAAUACCGUGUAUUCGGCAUAUAAAAGCGACUAAUUUAACGCAAUUUGGUAAAGUAGAAAAAAUUAGCGGUUGGUGUUACGUUGCUGGACGUCUUCCUCAUCGAUUGGCUGUCGACAUUAAAACUGGAGCGGAACGUAUAUUAAAUGACUUACAGAUGUGCAAAUAUAUAGAUAUUGAGGCAUAUAAAGAACAUCCAGAUAUAACAACAGAAAAUGGUGCAGGUGUUGUUUUAAAAGUUGAAACAUCUAGCGGUUGUGUACUUGGUGCUUCGGCGUUAGGAGAAAAGAAAAUCGAUGGACAAGUUUUAGGCAUGACAGCUGGUUCUGAACUCCAAAAUUAUAUUUUAAAACAUACAUGUGUUGAUCAAUAUGUACAAGAUCAGUUAAUUAUAUAUAUGGCACUCGCUGAUGGCAUAUCUGAAAUACUGACUUGCUGCAUAACAAACCACACACAAACUGCCAUAUACAUCAUGGAAUUGAUGCUUAACAUAAAAUUUAAAAUAACUAAAAUUAGUGAUAGUCAUGUUAUAAUAUCUUGUAAAGGUAUUGGACAUCGAAAUCAAUAUAUUUGAAAACAAACAAAUA